GUAUAACGGCAACGUUCCGCUAUUUUGUAAGUUGUGUGACGUCGGCACAUGCCUAAUUAGUCGAAAUCUCCAAGUUGGCAACACUGUGAAAUCCUUUUUAAUAUUCAAGCAAGAUGGCGGAUCAGACAGAGAAAGCGUUUCAGAAACAGGCGACGGUGUUCCUCAACCGCAAGGGGGUUAUGAAGAAGAAGGAUAUGAGACACCAUAAGAAUGUUGGUCUAGGUUUCAAGACUCCAAGAGAGGCAAUUGAAGGAACCUACAUAGACAAAAAAUGUCCAUUCACUGGCAAUGUCUCAAUCCGUGGCCGUAUCCUCACUGGGGUUGUUCAGAAAAUGAAGAUGCAAAGAACCAUUGUCAUCAGAAGAGACUACCUGCACUACCUACCCAAAUACAACAGAUUUGAGAAGCGACACAGAAAUAUGUCUGUCCACCUGUCACCUUGCUUCAGAGAUGUGGAGCUCGGCGACAUCGUGACGAUUGGUGAAUGCAGGCCGCUUUCUAAGACUGUACGGUUCAACGUUCUUAAGGUUUCUAAGGGCAAGGGCUCCAAAAAAUCUUUCAAAAAAUUCUAAUAAAAUUACUUUUUAAGUA